UAUAGUUGGCAAAUCUUGUUAUUGCUCGUGGUAUUAUCCAAUGUUUUAGUAAGUCUCUUGCUGUGUUAAUUUACUUUGUGCUAUCCUGCUAGUUUACAGUCAAAGUUGUUGCCAGGUGAAGCUGAAAGCUAUUAUUUCUUAUUCCUAUGCUGACUAAUUAGUCUUUUGUUUCCUUGUAUCAGAAAGUCACAGACGCAGUGAGUUUAAAGCUAAUCAAUUACUAUACAUGUAUUGCAUGAAAUCAAACAGAAACGGCAUUUAGCAUGCUCACUUUCUGAUCUAGCAAUAGCGCUGAGCUUGUAGAGCUCCCAUUAGCUUAAAGGCAGAGCACUGCAUGGGUUUAUACAAAUUUAAAGCAAACUAGUUAGUAUUUUCUCUAAACAAAGAACAGCAAUAGCUAAAUUGGACAUUUCCGGGCUUGACCAUGCAGAACUCCUACUGAAGUCAAUGGGAGAUGGGCACUUGGUCCCUCCACAAGCAUAGUCUGAUUCACUAUUUAUUUUGUUGAAACUUUGGACUUGCUAUUCCAUUAAUUGACUGUUCUCUUUGUCUUUGUAUUUACUUUCCCAGAUGUUCCAGCCUAUCAUUUUACUUAUUCUCAUCCUUGUAUUAUUUUCAUCCCUUUCAUACACAACAAUAUUUAAACUUGUCUUCCUUUUUACACUGUUUUUUGUACUGUAAGCCAUUCAUCAUUUACUGUUCAUUGUAGUAUUAUUUUCAGUUUGUUUAUUUUGUCCACCCUCCAAGAUAAGAAGUGCAAGAGACAUAGUUUCUGUCAUAGCCACUGCUGUAAAAACACUGAAGACUACUUAUUUGCCAAAACCAAACCAAAACAAAAAAACCCUGCAAAAAUGUACCAAAAAGUCACCCAGUUGAAUAGGAAACCCACUCACUGCAGUGUUCCAGAUCAAGAUUCACAGAACUGGAUCCCAGCUAGCUAUGCAUUUCAUCGCUUUCACUGCUGUUUAGAAACGGACGGAAAAACUUCUGAAGGAUUUCUUAUUCCAUGAAAGGAAACAUUCAGGGAAGAAAGAAGAAAAGCAGAGCUAUCUUCUUGCUAUUACACACACUGUAACCAUGGACCUGCGUAAACAACUCGAGAACACUGAGAGGAACUGGAAUAAAGAGAAGAUGGAAUUGCUGGAGAGAUUUGACAAUGAAAGAAAAGAAUGGGAAUGUCAAUGGAAAGUCAUGCAGAAGAAAAUAGAAGAGCUUUACCAAGAGGUAAAACUUAGAAGGGAGAGCAGUAUGAACGUCCAUGAUAAUAAGGCCAUUCAGAGCAAGAUGCGGCAGCAGUCCAUGCAUUCCCCCACUUCAGAAGAGAGUGACAGAGCGGAGCUGAACUAUCAACACAAUGUGGCAAAUGACAUGAUAGAAAAAAGGAGCUUGCUCAGUAAAACAGGACAUGAAUGUAAAGAAAUCAGAGCCAAGAGCAGAAACAAUACUCUGUUAACAGACAAUCUGGCCUUUGAGAACCAUGAGGAACCUGAAGACAGCCUCAGCAUCAAAACUUCCAAGAAAAAUACCAAGAAUUAUAUUGGUGAUCUCAAUGUAGCUCUUAAAGAACUUGCCAGAGUCAGUGAAGAAUUAUGCAGCUAUCAAGAGGAAAUUCGAAAGAAGUCCAACCACAGGAGAAUGAAAUCACUUCCUUUUCUGGGGGAAUUUGAGGAAACACGAGACACAGUUAUUCUGCCUGAGAUGAACCAUGUGUCCAGCAACGAAUCACAGACUUCAGUUGCUUUUGAAACAGAGGAACAUAAUAAUAGGAAGAAUCUGAUGAACUCCACCAAGGCUUUGAAGGACAGAUGUUAUGGUGGCCUUACUGGUGACAGAGGAACAGACUUCAGAUCUUGGCAAAAGAAAGAAGCUCCACCAGUUCCUCCACGGAGCACUUCCCGGCAUCUAACAAACUCACUUUCUGCAGUUGUACAGCUUUCUGAAGCACCAAUAAGAGAUCCAGGCAUCAAAAGCAAUUGCAAGGCUCAGGACUGUAGGAGUGGAAGGAAACUGAUGAAUCCUUCACCUAUAAACCAGCAUGAAACUGCAGCAGCCUGUGCAAAUGAAGGGCAGGCUGUGAAAGUUCCUGUGAUGGUAACUGCUGCAAUACCUGUAACCAAAAAUGAGUGCAAUGUACCAACAAGUUUCUGCCACAACACGUGGACAUGUGAUGUGGGCAAACUUGGAAAAGACAAUAAAAGUGAACCUUCCCCACUGUCAUCCCAAAAGAGUAGUUCAGAUGGAAAUAUGGCACAAAGCAGCAAGAUGCACCAGAAACAAAAUCCCAAGUCCUACAGCAGCCCUUAUUACAGUAAUGACUUUUAUGCCCCUGCUACCCUGCACAAUGAUCUUUUGGCAGACUCUAGGUACACUUUGGGAAAGACCCCAAGAAAUGAAACUUUAGCAGCAAAGAUCGAUGAGUUUAACCGGACUGUAUUUCACACGGAUAAACGUACCAAUGCUUUGCAAGAAAACCAGGUGCCUCAAACAACAUCAGAAGAUCACAAACCCUGCGGCCCACUGUGUGACUCUGCUAUCGGCAGGACAGAAACUGUAAAUACAUCUUGUGUUUCAAAUCCCAAAUUCUCUGUGGCAAAGGAGCAAGAAACUAGCAACCCCAGCAAAGCUGUCAGAACGGCAGGGCAACAAAAGCAAAUAAAUGGACUUCCAAAUACUAGUGGUUAUAGGCACAUGCUUCACGAGCAUGACUGGAGACCAAGUAAUUUAUCCGGUCGCCCGCGUUCAGCUGACUCAAGGUCGAACUAUGGCGUUGUUGAAAAGCUUCUGAAAAACUAUGAAAAAUCAACAGCGGCUUCUCCGUGUAAUGCAAAAUGCUGCAAAGAUAAGUGGACAUGGGCAAAUUCUGAAUUCACCGAUGGGGGUUGUGAGACAUUGAGUCAGUAUUUAGAAAUGCUCCAGAUUGAGCAAGGAAAGCAAGAAUUGCCGAGGAACUCAGCCAGGCAUAUUGGGCAGCAACUCAAGCAAGGAAAAGAGAGACAGAAGUUACCAGAGAUAUCUGUGCCAGCUAAAUGUUCAAGUGGGAAGGGUUUCUCCCGGCCCGCUCGGCCAGCAAACCGACGCUUACCUUCCAGAUGGGCAUCCAGAUCACCGUCAGCACCGCCUGCUGUGAGAAGAACAGCAUACAACUGCUCUGUCUCCUUUCGGUCAGAGACCUCUGUAGUUUGAACCCCGAGCUGGGUUGGAUGGUGUUGUGAAAGCUCUACGCCUCAUUAUAACUGUGUUCGGUAUGUGUUAUAGCAACCAGUUCUACACUGUUGUAUCUUGUCCAAGAGUGACCCCACCACAUGCCGGACAAAGCGUUUUUAAUCUUAGGUCAUCAUCAUCAUGGUCUUCAGUGUUUUUAUUGAGACGAAAUAACUAUACCCCUGGUUUUCUCUGGGUUUUUUUUUUGGUAAUAGCUCACAAGGAAUUUAUUUUGAAUGGCAUCUUCCUUAAUUUGCCAGUCAAUUUUGAGUUGAAACAAUGUAUAGUGCUGUAUAUUCUGACUCUUCUGCAAACAGCAGAACGUAAAGCUGUAUGCAUGAUCAUGUGUUCGUAGGUGCAUGUGUUGGACUAGGAAGUAUACAGGUCUGUAUUUAGAAGAGACAAACUGUGCUAGAGUUGACAUUGAAAUUACAACCUAUAUGCCUACAUA